CAGAAUAGCAGCGCUGCCCCGCAGUCAGCAUGGAGCGACUCCCCGGCCCUACCGCGCCCCAGGUGGCGCUGCUGGAUGCCGCUGCCUGCCCAGAGGAGGAAGGAUUCCCAGAAGCUUUGUGCCCCAGGGAGGAAGAGGAAGAAGAGGACAGACAGAGGAGCCCAAGGCCCAUCACCUUCUCACUGGCCAACAUGAUGCUGGGACUGGGCCCAGAGAGUGAAUUCCAGAGCCCUGAUGCUGAGGUCUACAUGCACUUCAUGAGGAGCCAUUGCUGCUACGAUGCCAUCCCCACCAGCUGCAAACUCGUUGUCUUUGACAUUUCCCUGGAGAUCAAGAAAGCCUUUGUGGCACUGGUGGCCAACGGGGUGCGAGCGGCCCCGCUCUGGGACAGCAAGACACAGAGCUUUGUGGGGAUGCUCACCAUCACUGAUUUCAUCAACAUCCUCCACCGCUACUACCGCUCGCCCCUGGUGCAGAUCUACGAGGUGGAGGAGCACAAGAUUGAGACCUGGAGAGAUGUCUACCUGCAGGGCUCCCUCAAGCCACUGGUCUACAUCUCCCCAAGCAAUAGCCUCUUCGAUGCUGUCUACUCUCUGAUCAAGUACAAGAUCCACCGCCUGCCCGUCAUUGAGCCCAUCUCAGGCAAUGUCCUGCACAUCCUCACACACAAGCGCAUCCUCAAGUUCCUCCACAUCUUUGGCUCCACCCUCCCAAAGCCACGCUUCCUGAAGAAAACAGUGUGGGAGCUGUGUGUUGGUACCUUCCGCGAUGUGGCUGUUGUGCAUGAGACUGCCCCCAUCUACACUGCUUUGGAGAUCUUUGUGGACCGCCGUGUCUCUGCUCUGCCCGUCAUCAACGAUGCUGGACAAGUGGUCGGCCUCUACUCCCGGUUUGAUGUCAUUCACCUGGCUGCCCAGAAGACCUACAACAACCUGGAUGUCAGCGUGCGGGAGGCUCUGCGGCAGCGCACUGUCUGCCUGGAGGGUGUUCUAACCUGCUACCCCCAUGAAACCAUGGAGGACAUAAUUGACCGCCUCACCAAGGAGCAGGUCCAUCGCCUGGUUCUGGUGGAUGAGAACCAGUACCCGCGGGGCAUUGUCUCCCUCUCCGACAUCCUCCAGGCCCUUGUGCUCACUCCAGCUGGUAUCGAUGCUCUUAACUCUUAGCCCACGAUGCUCGACUUUCUCCACUUGCACCUUCCAUUUCUCUUCAUUUCAGGCACCGACCGAUCCUCACUCUCAAGACACCAGGGAAGUGCCACGGUCCAGGCCGAUGUGGGGCCCACUUGCGUGGCUCUGGGGCCGUGGAAGGAGGCUCGGACUCCGGAGGCUCUCUGUGGGGAGGACCUGCCUGCCCAUGACAGUCCUGGGGCUUGU